AUGAGCUUACUACCAGUCAACACCGUCGAUCGGUUGGACCGACCGAGCGCAUACUUCGGCAAGAACAAGCGACGCAGAUAUAAUGAUGAGGAGGAGCAACAACAGCAAGAGAAGGCGGACGACAAAUUGAAGACCGCAACAACCCUCUACGUGGGUAACCUCUCGUUCUAUACUACCGAGGAACAAAUCCAUGAACUCUUUGCCAAGUGUGGUGAGAUCAAGCGACUGGUGAUGGGUCUCGAUCGAUUCAACAAGACGCCCUGCGGUUUCUGCUUCGUCGAAUACUACACUCACCAGGAUGCGCUGGACUGCCUCAAGUAUGUCGGAGGAACUAAGCUGGACGAGAGAAUUAUUCGAACAGAUCUUGAUCCCGGCUUUGAGGAAGGACGACAGUUUGGACGCGGCAAAUCAGGUGGCCAAGUGCGCGAUGAGUACCGCGAAGAAUACGAUCCGGGUCGUGGUGGAUAUGGCCGCGCUUACGACGAGCAACGCCAACGCGAGGAGGACGAGUACGGCGCCGGAAGGUAG